GCCUUGGAAACUGCAGCAGAAAUGUCGACCAGCAUCCCGAAGCUUUGCUGCCUGAUUUCUGCUAUAGCAGUGAAGCCACAAGCAUGGAUCUGGUGCUGGAUCCAGGGAGCAGGGAGCCUGCAGGCCCAAAAGGGCUUAGUGGAUGAGUUGGCAGUGUAAGGGCACUACCGACCAAGUGCUGCAGGAUGGACAGAGAAGAUGUCCUACAAUGCACCAUGACCCAAGCCCUGGGGCGGUUACAGCUAGCAAGGGGGCCCCUCGGAUAUGCCCCAGAAGCCACAGCAUCAGAGAUGUGUGAGCACAUCACCAGCAUGAACACACUGGUCCAGAUAUAGGGUGGGUAUGAAGCAUGUGUACCAGUGCAGAGUGGAUGCUUGUAGGCAAGUUUGGAAAGCAUGGUCUGGCAGGCAGGGUACAUGAACCUUGCACAUGAUGCAGUGCAGACAUACCCUUAGACUAGAGAAGAAAUGAAGUGGGGAAGGAAAAGGACACAUGGGGCAGGGGGUUUGAUAGCAAGACCCCAAAUCUCCCAUCCCAGGGUGAGGUCAGGACUCAGCCACAGCCGGGGGAGGUGGUAAUGUUGUCUGGGUCCCUCUCUGGCCCAGGACUGCCUGGGUGCUGGUCGCUCAUGAAACACUGUGUCCCUGCCCCAGAGAAACUGUCUGGGUGUCUGCUCCCUGCAGGCUAUGGGGAGGGGGAAUUGCAAUCCAGGAACCCAGGGAAGAACAGGACGUGUUGGUGACACCAAGAGAGGAAGGUCAGGGGAAGGGGGCAGGAAUGCCCAGCUCUGCCUCAUAUAACCUGGUCCCUUUGAGAGCGUCUCACGUUGCGGAGGAUCCUCAACAGAAAUCCCCAGCUCCAUCCACCCUAGAGGGAGACUCCCAGACAGGGACAGGGACAGUGACUGCAAACGCAACUCCUACCAGUGAGUAUCUUCCUCAUGACCAGCCAGCCCAGGGUUGGGAAAGCAGAGGCUGCAGUUUGGGAUUGGGGGUACCGGCAGAGAUGUGGGAAGAGGGGGGAGCUCCUCCUCCCCUAGUGGUCAGCUAGUUACAUGCAGAGUUGCCAGUUUAAUCCUUUUCCAACUAAUUGUUCUAAUUGGAAAAAAAAUCCAUUCAGCUGUUGGUUGGAAAUUUGAAUUGAAAUUUAACCAUAUAUCUAUAAAUGUAUAUAUAUUAUAUGUAUAAAAAUAUAUAAAAAUCAUCAUACAUUCAAAUGCUGGUGUUUAUUGGUGUUUUUUGAUGGUUAAAAUGUGGUGACAAGAGUUAGCGCCAAAUCGCCUUGCCAAUGAAAAUUUAAGGAACUUGCUUGUAGUAACCGGGCAAUCACGGGAAGCUUAACUCCUUUUUUGAUUGAAAUUUUGUGAAAGUUUAUGCAUAUAUAGAAGGAAUUAAUAUAAUUUCUCAUUCUUUCGACAGCUAGAUUAUUAUGUUUUAGUGACUUUGCUCCAGAAUGCUUGAUUUGUGACUAGGAAACGUAUAAAUAUAUGUUUCCUAGAAGGACAAGAUAUUUAGAAAACAUUAUUUGCCAAGGUUGUUAUCUCACACUAUCACUGUCUUAAGGAGUUUCUGUACUUUAAAAAAUAUUAUAUUAAAAUUAAUUUUUCAAAAGUAAAUUUAAAUUAAAAGAACACUUUAAAAAAAAAGAUUUUUUUUUUUGCUUUUACUGUGAUGCCAUACAGCCCAUCUUCACCUCCAUGAUCUGAUCUCUGGGCCCUCAGCCCACUGUAAAUUCAAACCGCCCCUCUAAUUUCAAUUCCCGGGAGAACACUGAGCCCAAUUCUGGGCUAGCAGGGGGCUGCAGGUUGGAACUGAGGGGCACUGGCAGAGCUGGCGGGGAGAGGGGAGCCAAGGACUGGGAUAGCAGGGAGCUGUGGGUUGAGAUUGAGGGAACUUUGGUGUACUGUUUUCUUUUGAGCUCUGUUCAUGGACUCCUGGCUGGGCACAGAGUUAUAUGUCACGAUCUUGUUCUUGUUUCCUCACCUCUUUAUCUCCACGCAGGGCAGCCCUUCGUACUUACUGGAUGAGACAGGAGACAUGGCCCAGUCAGAUAGAUCAAUGGUGGGCUCCAGGCCAGUCACUGGAUCAUUGGUCCCUCGGAAGGACUCCCUGGGCACAGACAUCUUUCGCAACAUCAAUGGAGACUGUGUCGUCCGUUCUGACCUGGGAUGCUACCUGCAGACGACUGAGUUCCUUGAGAAGGGGCACAACAUCAAGAUCCAGGGCCUACACCCUGCGUGCCUGGGUGGGGAUCACUAUGUGGGCAGCAGGCAGGACCCCAAUAUCUACAUCAUCAAAGGCAGUUCCUACCGGGUGGUGCAGGACCUAAGUACAGAUAAGGGAGCUCAGGUCUUUGAGCUGCAUCCCAGGUGCCGCGGUGGGGACCACUACGGGAGGCUUUGCUGGACCUUCUUCAUCAUUUUCCAAAACCAGGGUGUAAUCCGCAGUGUGACUAAUUUGAGGACAGCUGAAGGUGAAAAUAAUGUUGUCCUGCCCCCUGAAUACUGCAAGGGGCUCUACUACUUCGGGAUCGAUCAUUUCCUAACCCUGAUCAAGAUGGAUGAGAAGUGGGGGGCUCAGUUCUUCCUGUACCCAGACAUGAGAUUUGACAAGCUGGACUCCUUCUUCUCCAUCCACCCCAAAGUGCUGAACUUCUUCCCUGGGGGCUUGACCCUCACCAAGGGCACCUCAACCAGUGGCUGGGAGUGCAUCAAGACCCUGCACAAUGACUCCGACUCCCCCAUCAUCUGGUCCAACAAGGUCACCCGUAAGGUGGGCUAUGCCAAGCAGAAGAUGUCCAGCAUUGAGCACAACUGGAGCAUCUCCACUGAGAUGUCUAUUGGGGCUGGAGAACUCACCAAGCUCAUCACCCAGGUCCAGUUCUCCCUCAGGGCCGAGUAUGGUGGGAGAAGUGUCUGCACAGAGCAGGAGGACUGGAACGAAGCCCGAGAAGAACAGGAGUCAAUCCAGGUGAUCCUGGAGCCCCAAAAGAACCUCUAUAUCUGGCAGUACUGCCUCGGCAUAGGUCAGGAGCCCGUCUUGUUCUGCAGGGACCUCCAGUUCACCAAAGAAAACAACCCACCCUACCGCAUCCCGCUGCCUCCAGUCCCCUAAGUGCUCAUGAGGAUGGAGAAUGCAGCACCAUGAUGCUAUUCUGGUUGCGUGCAUGUGAGUUUCUUUGUCCUGUUAUUGCUACUUCAGAUCUUUCCCUGAGCUGCCCAAAAUUUCUCCAAUCCUAUCCCAACUGUUUCUCCUCCUGGUUUUCUUCCUGUUCCCAGCUGUACCCAAAUCUUGUUUGCAAUGAAGAUGGUUUAAUUAAACUUCCUUUCCUUCCUAUUAUUAUUAUUACAUCUGGUCAGAAAAUAGUGUUUGAUUUUCUUGUGGAAAAUUUAGACUUUCUAUUGAAAAA